AAAUCAUUGUCAAGAUCAUCCCCAGAUAUCUUCACCUGAAGGCCUACCUACCCCGCACGCAAAUCGCUUGCAGCCAAAUCGUUACUCCAGAUAAUAUGAAGAUUGUAUAUCACUACCUAUUUGGACAUUCGGGGGGCCUGCGGAUGUUCAACGUGGUGGUGAGAGCGUCGGUCUCAAACAUAAAGGGUCACUUAGCCAACUUCCCAAACUAAAGAUAAAAGACGACAUAAAAUUAUCUCUCAAGGCACAUAUCAUACCAUCCUUAUACGUACACCUCGCCGACCGGAUUGCAACUAUGAGACUCGGGAGGGUUUUACCAACAUGCUGCCUAAUAGGCACCGCAUGCUCUCAAUCAAAGUUUAAGAUUAUGCCGCUAGGAGACAGCAUAACGGAAAUAACCUGCUGGAGGGCGAAGCUGUGGAACAACCUGAAGGCGAGCAACCUAACGGACAAGAUCGAGUUCGUCGGCUCGGUGAAUAAUACCCAGAGCUGCGAUACGGCGGACGCAGAGUUCGCGACGCAGCACCACGAGGGCCACACGGGCUACCUGGCGAUCGACGUCGCGUACGACCAUAUCGACAAGUGGCUCGACGGCGCCAGGCCCGAUGUCGUUACGUUUAUGCUCGGCACGGAUGAUGUUGCGCGCGGGAGGAGGAUUGAGGAUGUGGUGGAGGCGUACUCGAAUAUGGUGCGCUCGAUGAGGAAGUACAAUGCGGGCGUGAGGGUUGUUGUAAGAUCCCGUCUCGUCCCGUCCCGUCAUACGUUUCUGCUUGCAUCAACAUCUACCCACGAUGAACAGGUCAACACCGUCGUCCCGCUACCAGCUAACAUGGCCCCCGUGGAGCGGCUCAACGACAUGAUACCGGACUGGGCGGCGGAGAUGAACACGACGGAGUCGCCGGUCUACGUCGACGAUAUAUACCCGUUUCCGAACGCGUUUCUGAAAGACGGUAUCCAUCCUAAUGAGCAGGGCGAGGACCGCAUUGCUGAGGGUUUGACGUCGCUCUUGACGUGGAUUGUUGGUGCGGAUUCGACGGGUGGUUCUGCUGCGUCUGGGUGAAUAGGGGGUGGGGUGGGGAGACGAUAGGAGCGCGAGUGGGAGGGAGUACCUAC